UGAGGCACAACUCUUACAACCGCAGGCCGCGUGGUUUGAUGGGGACUUAUUACCAAUUCUUACCUUGGUGAGACCUCCCACGCCGAAACCCCACCGUUGUUUCUACCACGCAUGCGCACGGGUGCGCAAUCCCCAAAGUAAUCCAAGUCCCCCGGCCUAUUUCAACACUUCAUCAUGUACUCUAUCCACACAUAUACACUCUAGUCUAGUCUAGUCUAGUCUAGUCCAGAUCGAGUCUUGGCUACCAACGACACCGAAACUACAAGAUGUUCAGAAUGCUGAAUAUAUCCACCAAAUGCACAUCUGCAUUGCCACGCAUCUCUCGCCGAUCGAGGAAGCUUGCCUCCACUCACUCAGGGGCGGUGCAGUUUCGUCAACUCGAGGUAGAGCGCAAAUUUCUUGCCACACCGUCAGCUAUAUCCUACCUACGUUCAAACGGCGAAGGCUCAAGGUUCAAGAAAUACAAGAGCCUUGGAGUGCAGAUUAACCACGACGUGUACUACGACCGAGACGGUGUGCUCUUUUCGAAAGGAGUUUAUAUCCGUCGGCGAAAUGGGCAUUGGGAGGCAAAGAUCCGCACUGGUGGUAACUUCAUCAACUCGGCUUUUAGGGAGAUCGGUGGCGACAAGGCGGUAACGGAGGUUGUCCAAAAAAGCUUGACUGUCACCGCAGACGGAGCUGGUAUCGAAAAGUUGCUGGAGCCUUGCGCCGAAUUCAUUACGGAUCGAGAGUCUUGGAUAAUUGACGGAAAAUUUCGAGUCGAUGUCGAUACAACAGACUUUGGACAUACAGUUGGAGAAGUGGAACUGACCGAAGUUCUCCAGUCUGCCAGUGGUGAGCAGGGCGAGGAACAAGAGGAAGAGAAGAAUUUGAGGGAAAAGAUGAACCAAGAGAUCAAGGCUUUCAUGCAGACUUAUCCACCGGCAUUCCCAACCGGACGCCCAAUUGGCAAGCUGAGUGCCUACUUCCAGAAAGUCGGUCGUGAAACCUGAACGCGUUGUAUCUACUGACGGCCAAACCAUGAUUCGGCAUGUUUGAGUUCUUUUUUUUUUUUUUUUUUGAAUGGCACGGGGUCAAACGAGUUUAUACCUGC